UAUUCAUUUUGUUGUCAAACGUGAGAAAAGAAGCCCAUAAUUGAUAGGCCAUAAGUGGGUGUCGGUGGCCCCAGCCCGCCCCUUCUCUGUGCCACCAGAAGCUCCAGUCACGCUGCAAACUGCGACUUCCCAACUCCAUCACAUCCAUUUUUUUCCUUCCACACCCCCGGGCUUUUCUUAUUUAAAGGAGCGCUGCUUUUUAUUUACACAUCUCUGGAGGACAGACACUAUCGCAGGAGCAGAUCGGACACCUUUUUUGAUCAACCUCUCCAAUAGUGCUGCCCGCUGAUGGCUCUACGUGUGGUGCUGCUGUGCUCUAUGGUCGGACUUCUCCUUGGACAAGGAGAAGAGCAGAUCUCAUUAGACGACUGUUGUAAAGAUGGCCAGAAGCAUGCAAAUGCUGACGAAGACUGUGCUUCCAUCCCCCUCAUUUCUGCUUCACCCACUUGCAGUUUGAAAGCCCCUGGGCCAGAGAGCUGUAACGCAAACACGUAUGUUCCUGGUGCCACGUUUUUACUUAUUUUGUUAUCUUUUACACAGAUAUGCUGUGACUGUUGUCUCCUUGGCAAAGCAGCUCAGGAACUGAACAUACCCUGCGACCACAACCUGUUUAUCGGCUACCAGUGCAGCCUGGUGUCAAGGGCCUGCUGUAUGGAUGGAGUUCCAGACAACCAGACAGCAGAACUAGAACAGUCUAAAUUGACCAAUAAUAACGCUACAUCUGGGACAGACCUUACAUGCAGAGAAAAGUGCGCUCACGUUUGUGUUGGGAAUGACACCUGUGCCUGUUUGAAAGGAUAUAAACUCAAACCUGAUGGGAGGAGAUGUGAAGACAUCAAUGAGUGCCUGUUGGGAUCCAGUAACUGUCGGGGAGGCGAGCGUUGCAUCAACACCGAGGGCUCGUUCCGUUGCAUUAGAGAGGUCAGCUGUGGGACCGGCUAUGAACUUACUGAAAACAACGACUGCAAAGACAUAGAUGAGUGUGAGAACGGUAUCCAUAACUGUGGGGAGCAGUUUGUUUGCCAAAACUCCCAGGGGUCAUUCCGUUGUAUCCCAAAGAACACAUGCAGCGAGGGAUUUAUCCAGGAUGCACUGGGAAACUGCAUAGAUAUCAAUGAAUGCGUCACUGAGAAGAGUCCUUGCCACAGAGGGCAAAUCUGCAUCAACACGGUUGGCUCCUACAGCUGCCAGAGAAACUCUGUGAAUUGCGGCCGGGGCUACCACCUCAAUGACGAUGGCACGCGCUGUAUCGAUAUCGACGAGUGUAAAGGACCUCAACCAGUCUGUGAAGGUCAUGCCUGUAUCAACCAACUGGGUUCGUACCGCUGCGAGUGUGAAACUGGAUACAACUUUAACAGCAUCACUCGUCUUUGUGAAGAUAUUAAUGAGUGCAGGCAUUACCCUGGACGGCUAUGUGCUCAUAAAUGUGACAAUACCCCGGGGUCCUACAAGUGUACCUGCACCACAGGUUUCAAACUGGCUGCAGAUGGCAGGAACUGUGAUGAUUUGAAUGAGUGUGAGAGCAACCCGUGCAGUCAAGAAUGUGCCAAUGUGUAUGGCUCUUACCAGUGUUACUGUCGACGUGGUUACCAGCUCAGUGACAUAGAUGCAGUAACUUGUGAAGAUAUAGACGAAUGCGCCCUUCCCACUGGAGGCCAUAUUUGCUCCUAUCGUUGCCACAACACACCCGGCAGCUUCCACUGCUCCUGUCCGGCCAGCGGCUAUACGUUGGCAGUGAAUGGGCGGGGUUGCCAGGAUAUUGACGAAUGUGUUGCGGGAACUCACACAUGCACCGAGAAUGAGAGCUGCUUCAACAUUCAGGGAAGUUUCAGAUGCCUGUCCUUCGACUGUCCAAAAAACUACAGACGUGUUGGACAGACAUCCCAGAGGCUUGAACGUUCUGACACCAUCCGCUGUAUAAAAUUAUGUCAGCCCAAUGACAUCACCUGUGCUCUGGACCCCAUAGUCUCCUUGUCCCACACCUUCAUCUCUUUACCCAGCUUCAGAGAGUUCACAAGGCCAGAGGAAAUAGUUUUCCUGAGGACAACAGUUCGGGCUUAUGGAUCGUACCACUUAGAUACUUAUGACGUCAGGUUUGAAAUUCUCGAGGGCAACAUUGAGAACGCCUUUGACAUCAUCAAGCGGCUGGAGAAUGGACUGUAUGUGGGUGUUGUUCGUCAAAUAAGGUCUCUGACUGGUCCAAGGGAAACAGUACUGAAACUGUCCAUGCGCAACCUGACAUCCAACGGGGAAUCUACCCAAAGCAUCAUCAAUGUUCACGUGUAUGUGUCGGAGUUCUGGUUCUGAGUAGAAGGUAGCAGAUUCUACAAAACAUAUUACAACAUCUAUUCCUAUCACUGUAAAUGUCCCUGUUGUAAGCUUAUGCCUUAACUCAGUGUCAAAGGUUAAAUUGUCUUAAAUUGUUUUGACAAAGUCAUAACUGCUGACUGAUAUUGAGAUUCAAAGCCUAUACCAGCUUCUGAGUAAACUCUUUUAUAACAGAUUCAAAUAAAAGUGCUCAAUUGUGGUCAUAUUGAGAAAUGGUAUGUCAAGUCAUAGAUUUUGAAACGCUGUGUGUUUGAAGUGCAUGC